UCUCUUCCGGUGUCGCUCACAUGUGUUUGCUGCUCCUGAUCCACGGUUCUUCUUUGAGUCUAACCGGGCUAGACUGUCUCUGUUCAGGCUGAGGACCGUCGUCCUCUCGGGUCCUCGCUGUAGGACCGUUGCUGUUGUCUGAGCCGUCGCCUUAGCUUUAGCGUUAGCAGAGAGUGUUGUUGGACAUGAUGGAGCUGGACGAUCGGGACUUCUUGACCACUUCUCUUGUGAAGACAGUCAGGUUUGGGGGGACAGUGGCGGACACAUUGGCCAAAUACAAGAAGGGGGACCUGAGCGACUAUGUGCUGCUUCAACAGCAGCUGACAGAUCCUGAGAUCAAGGACUCUCAGAUUGUAAACUGGCUGCAGGAGUUCAGGAACUGUGUGACUCUGCUCAGUAAAGAGCAUGAGCAGCUCAUUCACACCGUGCUGCGCCUUCCGUGGGUGGGGCGCAGUCAGGCUGUAGUGGAGGGGUACCUGGCCUUCCUCAGUAACCUGGUCUCCGCACAGACUGUGUACCUGUGCCCCUGCCUCCGCAUGGUUGUGACCCACUUCAUCCCGAAGCGAGUGACCGUGAGUGAAGGAGGAGUGGACUUCUCUGACUCAGACGAUGAAGAUGAAAACCUGCCCAGGAACUUUGAGCAAUGUCACCACGCACUGCAGCUUAUCUCCAAAUACGUGCCAUCGACCGGCCGCUUCCUCACCCCCAUCCUCCAGGAGAAGUUCCCCUUCAUCCAGAAGUCCCCAAGGACUCUGGAGUGCUACGUCCACAACCUGCUGCGUGUGAGCGUGUACCUUCCCUCUGUGCGCAGAGACAUCCUGGAGAUCAUCAUAGACAAGAUGCUCCAGCUGGACGUCAGCGCCUCCAGAUCUGACAUCGAGGAGGCCGAGGAGCUCGCUGUGCACCAGCAGCCAGAUGAGGCGCUCUUUAACAUGGACGAGGAGCUCCAUGCACAACCCCCCACUUCCUCGCUCAAUGCCCACCCGGUGGCAGAGCGACUGGACACUCUCAUGGCUGUGCUCCUGGCUUAUAUCAAAGACAUCUGCCACGUCAAUGGCACUCUGCAUCUGGACCAGACCAAGGCCCUGUACAGAGACCUGCUGGCCGUGUUCGAUAAGAUCAUCCUGCCCACGCACGCCUGCUCCCACGUCCAGUUCGCCCUCUUCUACCUCUGCAGCUUCAGGCUGGCUCUGUCAGAGGCCUUCCUGGAGCACCUCUGGAAGCUGGUGCAGAACCCUUCCCUGGCUGCAGUGCUCCGGCAGGCCGUGCUCGGGUACAUGGGCAGCUUCCUCGCCCGUGCCAAGUUCAUCCCCAUUGCGACGGUGCGGGCGUGUCUGGACCUACUGGUGUCCUGGAUCCACUCGUACCUAGACUCUCAGGACUGUGUGGACAAACAGUACUGUGACCUGAACCUGCACGGGCCCUUCUACAGCGCCUGCCAAGCUGUCUUCUACACUCUGGUGUUCAGACACAGAGCCAUGCUGGAGGGCAACAUGAAGAGAGGUCUGGAGUACCUGCAGAGCCUGAACCUGGAGCGCAUGGUCAUGUGUCAGCUCAACCCUCUCAAAGUGUGUCUGCCCAUGGUCACACACAUGUUCGCCGCCAUCAUGAGGAGAUACCAGGUGGUGUUCUGCUACACUGUCAUCGAGAGGAACAACAGACACAUGCUGCCUGUGGUACGCAGCUCCACCGGAGGAGACCGGGUCACCGCCAACACCAACCCUCUGGACUGCUUCUUCCCCUUUGACCCCUACUUGCUCAAGAGGUCGGGGCAGGUGAUCCAGCCUCUGUACCAGGCCUGGGAGGAACCAACUGACUCUGAGCUCCACGCUCCCACAGCCAAGCACCAGGAAUCCCAGGAAGACGAGGACGAUUUCCUGCCCGGAGAGACCCCAAAGGCAGAGGGCAUUGUGGGAAUGACGCCGAGUUCAUACGAGUCUGCAGCUCUGAGCUCCAGCAGUGUAGGCUCUCCCCACUUUAGCUUCCACAGGGGACUCUAGUCUCAUUAUACAGGUCUGAACCAGGUCUGAACCAGGUCUGAACCAGGUCUGAACCAGGUCUGAACCAGGACUGGGCCCGGACUACAACUGGAUUCAAGGGCUACACUAUGUUCUAAGACAGACUCAUGAACAAACUGAGCACCUGAGCAGUGUGUGUCAGACGCCGUCCCAUCCUCCUGUAGUAUUAAACUGAGACGUGUGCAGGUCACAUGUGUAUAGUUCAUCUGCAGAUGUUGUGGUGUGUCUGCUGCCCUCCCACGUUCUGCUGUGGUUGGAGAAAUACAGUGGGACAAUGGACCUUGUUACUGAUAGAAAUUAUCAGGAAAAGAAACAUUUGUGAGUUUGACUUUUGGAGAUUUCUUACUACAGGGCUGGAAAAUGGCUCUAGACUUGUUUUGUCUUCCAUUAUGAGUUAGAGACCUAUGUUUUGAUUUAAAUGUGUGUUUCAUAAAUUAUGUUAUAGCCUUGCUAGAUUCUCUCUGGACCCAGUUACUUUCAGCACCGUGUCAUUAUGUUGGUAAUACUUACACCAGGAUGUUUUUUACAGUAUUGAAAAGCACUAUGUAACUUUUCUGACCUUGCUUGUUAUUACCAGUGGUGGAGUGAGCAUUUUACACCUGGGCCUUCAGUCGUGCUCUGUCUGAAACAGUACAUUCCUCACGAACUAUUUUAUGGUUAUAAAAGCAUGUUAUUAUACAGAAACACAGUAUAAAGUGUGGUGGAGAUUCUGUGCACAGAGAAGUGAGGAGAUGGGGGUACGCGGUGCGCAGAGAAGAAGUGAGGAGCACCGGGGCUAAACCAGGACUAAACCAGGAAUAAGCCAGGACUAAAACAGGACUGUUUGUCAGGACUGGCCUGAAGGUGCGCCCACGUAGACUGUCAGGUGACCGCAGACGAAAGGACUGUGCCGGGGCCGGGGCUCUGCGCUGCACAGGGCUCAGUGCAGCUGUUGCCCGAUCACGCUUUGCGGACACUCUCUCAGUCGCUGUCUCGCUUGCUCUCGCUCUCUCUCAAGUCCAAGAUGAGUCCUGGUGUAGUCCUGAUUUAGACCUUGUUUAGAGUUUUAGUGCUGGUUUCACUACAGAUGCAUUUUGCUGCUUUGGCUGGUUCGCUCUGACUGUCCAAUCACAGGUCUGAAUCUGGUGACGUUGUUCACUGCUAGAAGGUCCUGGUGACACCAACUUAAUCUGAUUGGUUGAAGCAACAGUUUCAUUUGUUUUGUGUUCGAUGUCCUGCAGAACGGAUUGUGAAGGCCUCAGAGACACUUCUUUGACUUUGACUCUGCCUGGCAAGUGACAGCUGAAAUGUGAUUGGUCAAAUGCUUUAAUAUGAAAAUACACGUGUUAUUUAAUAAUAAUAUAAUUAACAGAUAUUUUUUUAGGCCAGCAGAGAAGGCCUUGAAGGCCCUGACACCCUGCCACUGGUUAUUAUUUUGUCUGGAAUCACUGGUUUCACAGUAUGGCAUUAAACUGUUUCCAUGGAGAUAAUCUGGUGACAAUUUGACACAGAGUUGAAUGUUUUUAAGGUGCAUCUGGUAUAUGAAGUAAUCAAUAAAUGCAAGAAAGAUGAGUUUAAUGCCAUAAUGUGGAGAAUUCAAGACCGGACAAUAACCUCUUCAUGGAGACAAUGGUAGACCUCCACUACAAAAGUUCCACAGUAGAGCUUUCAUUUAAAUUAUAGUGAGAAUUGUUCAUAAAAAUAAUGUAGUGUGUUUUUGUCUGAAUGAUUGUGACAGAAUAUCACUUUUUAAGAUAUUUUUAUAUAUUUUAUGUUAAAAGAACAAUUUUAGUUGGAAUUCUCAAAAAUGGAAAUACCAUGGAAACAAUAAAGGUUUUUUUUU